AUGACGGCCGAAUGGCGCGGCGGGGUCGCGUCGUCCGUGUCGCACCCUCUGCCUCUUCCUUUCCCACGCUCCGUCGAGACACGCGACGAGGAGACGAUGCGAGACCGGACGACGGCCCGCUCGUCGCCGUACCAGACGCUCGACGGUAGCAGCUCGUCGCAGAGCUUGUGCCGCUCCGUCUCCCGCUCUCAGGAGUCGGCCGUCGGCACGGCGUCGGACGACCAGGUCGUGACGCCACCAGCGAGCGACACCAGCGGCGGCGCCCUCGUCGUCGGCAUCGACGGCCACGAGGGAGGCGCGGGCCAGGGCGGACAGAACGACCAGCUGGACCGCCUGUCGGCCCUCGCCGCCGCCCAGCACAGGAUGGGGCCGGACGAGGCGGCGGCGGCGGGCUCGCGGAAACGCACGGCCGACGGCGAGGUCAAGUCGAGCGACGGCAGCGUGAGUCCCGCCAAGGGACAUUCGCGGACCGUCAGCGCCGUCAGCGUCGCCUCGACCGUCGACGGCAACAUCGGUGAAGUAGGCGACGACGCCCAUCCCGUCCCCUUUGCUCGCGCGAGCGUUCGUCCGUCGUCUCGUGCCGCUGACCUGCCUCGUCCCUCCGUCCAGCUGUCGGCCGAGCUUCGGACCCGUCUGUCGUAUGCCAUGGUCAAGGUCAGCCGCGGCUGGCAGUCACGCUCCCUCGACGAGGUCGAAUCUCUCGCCUCCCAAGUGACUUCCCCGAUAUCGAGCAGCGCCUCGACGGCGCAGCGCCGGCACGAGUCCUCGGCGAGCCCGCGACCGACGGCGCCGCCGACGGCUCAGGUUCACUUUGCCGCCGAGCACAGGCCCGUGACCGUGGCCGCGGCAGGCCCGGUCAAGUCGAGGUCCAAGUCCAAGUCCAACUCUCCGCAUGCGCCGCCGCCGGCUCUCGCUCCGCCGGCGUCGAUCCAGCCGGCGACGGCCAUGUUGGCGUCCGAGGCUCGUCCGAACCCCCGGCGCCACUCCCACUCGCGUCUCACGCCUACGCUGCUCGCCCACGCCUUCUCGCCUUCUCCCAGCACGCCCGGUCAGGCGCCGCGGCUCGACGGCAGCAACCCGAUAUCGCGCCUCGACCAGGACGCGGCUGAGAGCCUGUUGUUCAUGAGCAGCCCCGGAAACUCGGCCGGCCUGAAGCACUCCUUCUCACCCUCGCUCUCGCCUCCUCGCGCCGGCCGACAGGCGCUGCCGAGCGCGCCCCGGAAGGCGCUCCCAUCCCAGCGACCGGCCUUUCCGCCUCCGAAGAAGGCGAGCUUGGACAGGCGCCCGCCCCUGGCGCCGCCCCUGGGCUCGCCGAUGGAUCUGGACGGGCCGGCGCGGCGGCCAUCGGCGUCGCCGGACAGGGGUCCGUCGAGGAGACGGCCGAACGGCACGGGCAACCACGUGCGCGGUGCGCUCUCGCUCCCCAGCGGCCUCGGCCUCGGCGACGGCACGGCGAGGAAGCUGCUGCAGGACGAGGACAUUGAACGGAUGCUGGACCGCGCGGGGGCCGAGGCGGGCGACAGCUCCGACGACGACGAGAUUCGACUGCCGCCGAGACGAGGCGUGCCGGGUGUCGUGCGGGCGUAG